AGGUAGCCUUGAUAAUCCUGCAAGACGCAGGAUUUUUGCACAUAAUUUUACAUAUGCGAUGACAUAACCUAUCAAUAGAAAUGUCAAAACCACACUUUCUUGGGCCAAACUCGUUUUUAAAAUGCAUUUAAGUGUUAUUAUUCAUGCAUAGAUAAAAACUAUGACGAUGCAGGUAAUAAAAAGAAAAAUUUACCACAAUAAUUGCUAUUUUAUUUCCUAGAAAAGCUAGAAAUGUUCGUCAAAAUCGCUGUUAGAUUUUUUAGUAAUUCUGCAAAAGGGUUAAAAAGGCCCAACCCUACCUUAAUAGAUGGCAAAAAAAUCUCCCUUGAUAUACAAAAGGAGUUGCGUAGGGAAAUUGACGACUGGAUGGCCCUGGGCCAUAGGGCCCCCAGCUUGGUCGCCAUACUGGUAGGAAACGAUCCGGCUAGUGAGAAGUAUGUCAAAAACAAAAUGCUGGCCGCCAGAAACGUCGUACAAUUGCCUGUCCCUGAUAAUGUCAACGAAAGAAAUGUAUGCAAUGCAGUGGACCCCAAAAAAGACGUCGACGGUUUCCACGUAAAUAACGUGGGUAAAUUAACCUUGAACAUGGACACCCUGAUCCCCGCCACUGCUUUGGGGGUUGUCGAGCUUAUAAAACGAUCGCAAAUCGAAACUUUCGGGAAAAACGUUGGCGUUGUAAACCUGAUCAAACCUGAUAUGGUAAAACCUGGCGCAUGCGUAAUUGAUGUAGGCAUAACUAGAAUCAAAACAGCCGAUGGAAAGGACAAAUUAGUGGGGAUGUUGACUUUGAUGGUGUAAGUGAGGUUGCAGGCCAUAUAACCCCAGUACCAGGCGGGGUGUGGGCCCCAUGACGGUCGCCAUGUUGAUGUCAAACACCGUAAAGGCUGCUAAAGCCUUGGCUUCAAAAUAAUUUAUUUUAAAUUUGUGUUCUAUAUUUUUUACAGUAUUAAUUGUUAUGCAUUACCUUUGUUGUUAAUUAUGGGGUAUACUAAUAAUAAAUUUGAAUUUUUUUAUACGA